AGUCGAUGAAGCGAGUAAAGUCUAGGCGUUAAGCAGUAAAGAGCAGCACGACACAUUUGAUUACCUAGAUGGUCAUCGGAAUCAGUAUUGAUAAAGACGUCCAAGCAGUAGCGUAUUAUUCGAACGCACCGCCAUGCGAUCAGUUUGGCCCUCGGGCUGCGCCAUCUCAUUAACCCUUACCUUUGUAAUUGGAAAUUUUCUAUAAAUUAAGUGUUUAUUCUACGCGAUACAAUCGCUAGUUUGUUUUUUCUAACCGAUUGUUGAAAAUUCUCAUCCAAGUCUUAAGAAGGUGGACAGAAGAUGUUUACCUGGUAAAGUAACCAUGAAAUAGUUCAAAUGGAAUAAGAGCUUUUUUGAGAUGCGUUUUUAACAAGGACUUUUCAAUUUCUGUGAACCUUGGCGGACUUGAGUAGCAUGGCCUUUGGGGAAAACGAAAGCACACCAUCCGAGAGCGGCGAAGUUGUGGAAUUCUCUCCCAAAGUAUCAGGCGGGAGAACGCUCUAUGAUGAUGGUCCUCCAAAUGACCCCAAUGGGUACUUUCGGCAUCCUCUUACGGCUGCGGAGACUGCCAUCAGCAGUGAAGCGUCCGCCUUGGCGUAUGAAUACAGCAAGUUACCAGCGCUUGAUUCAAGUGGAAUGAAGAUAGGAGAAACUAACAAUUACAAGGAUAUUCUGAGAACAAACACAAGUUCGGAAAAUGGGGAAGUUGAGGAUUCAGAAAAUGACAGUGAAUUUUUAAACCUCGCAAUCGAUGGAAAAUUCCUUAUAAAUGGGGAAAAUUGUGACGUGGAAGAGAGACCCCCUCCGAUAGAACAGGUCAUUGAGGUCUGCACACACACAGUCUCUCAGAAUGAAAAGCGUCCAAAAUCAACCAGGUCUAGGGGCAAAAAAUCAUCAGGCAGAUCCAAAGGGCCAAACGUUGGCGCGGGAGAGAAUCGUUCCGCUUCAGUGAGAAAUGAUGAACCUCUAGAAACUCCAUUAAUGACCAAUCAACACACUAAGAACGGUAAAUCUACAUCCUCGGGGAAUACCUCGGUUUUGUAUAAAGGUUCGCCAAUUGCUGAAGAUUGCAGGAACUUUGGUGAAAUCGAACAGAGUGACAACGAUCCAUUGUUAAACUGUUGUUCAACCACUGAAAAGUUUGAGGACCAGAAAGAAUCUACAAACAAAAUCAAAAAGGCGCUUCACGAGAAACUCCGUAAAAACCAAAGUAAUCCGGACAUUUUGUUGAACGAAGCGUCAGCGACAACUCCUGAUUCAAUUUCUGGAUAUUCGCAGGAUGCUGUCGCAGUGUUAGAGACAGCAGAACUUCAGCAAAUCAGUGUUUCUACAAACUCGCCCACCGGAAGUUACUCCGAGGAACAGACAGAAUUACAAGAAUCUGUUGCCAUGUCGCUUGGCAUGUCCAUGGCCUGUGCGGCCAACACGUUCUCAAAUUCCAUUUCACCAUUAGACAUUGCAAUGCAUCAUCCUCAUGAACAGUGCUAUUCUGGUCUUAUGGACGCUAGACCCAAUCAAAUUAUAGCAGGACAAUCAGAACAGGGUCUUAUACAAAAUAACGGUGUCCAUCACCAGACGAUGAGACAGAAUUCAUACCCUGUGUCUUCAUGUCAGUCAUCAAAUUACGCCAGCAAUGGCUACAUCUACCCUAUCACCCCUCCCCAAAUGAACCAUUCUCCUCCCAGCAAUGAAAUGAUGGAGCGGUAUCUCCAACAACAACAGCAAUACCACCCGGAGCAGUCGCCAAGUUACGGGUACUAUAACGUCAACAUGAAAGAGAAUUACGCCAUGAAAUCUCCUGAUAGUGGUUACCAGGAACCCUGUCUCUCCCCCACCGAUCAAAUAAACAUGAUGUACAAUCAAGACACCGGUAGCUAUGGGGAAGUCACGACUACUUCCUGUCAGAAAGUGUCCAAGAGGCGGAAAUCAGCUCCGGCCGUUUAUCAGAAGCCGCUGUGGCCGGCAUGCGAGAAAAUCCCUUCUUUCGGCACUGUCAUUCCAAAAUUACCGGAAGAUUCCGUCGGAUAUAAGUGUAUUCUUGAAACCCCUAUCUCGUCAGCUUGUAGGCGAGACGAAGACAGAGUUACUUAUCUUAAUAAAGGUCAGUAUUAUGGUUUGACCAUAGAAUACAACGGUGAGCAGCUACCCCAGAAUGGAAUGGUCAAGAGUGUAAUUAUGGUGGUUUUUCGCGACGACAAGUCUGUGGAAGAUGAACAAAAAGCCUGGGAGUUUUGGCACAGCCGGCAACAUAGUCAUAAGCAGCGUGUUAUAGACAUAGAUACAAAAGACAGCCAAGGAGUGCAGGCUUGCAAUAUAACUGAGGUAUCCUACAACGCGGUGUCCGUGCGCUGGAACCCUCGAGAUUCGCCGAUAAGGGUUAACGUAGCAGUCCACUGUCUCAGUACUGACUUCAGUAAUCAAAAGGGAGUCAAGGGUCUGCCUCUGCAUGUUCAGAUUGACACAUAUGAAAACUCCAAAGAGAGUCCGGUUCAUCGAGGGUACGCCCAAAUUAAAGUUUUCUGUGAUAAGGGUGCUGAAAGGAAAACUCGAGAUGAAGAAAGAAGAUUAAAGUCACGGCAGAAUGCCGAGGGCCACCAUCAUGGUCGAAAACGCAGUAAUGAGGACCAUUACCACCCUCCAAGUGAGAGGUCCGAGUUUUACAGCAUGCAGGAUACCAAGUCUGUCCCCUUCUAUUAUACUCCAUCCGUAGAUGAAGACGGCAAUAAGAAAUCUGAGAAAAGUCCAUCGCGUUUGUCAAUGAACGGAAUUGAUGAUGAUGGAAAUUCUAGUCUGAAUUCUCUGGGUGAUAGUUUCGAUGACAUCUAUCCACCAUUAAAGAGACAGCGACGCGACUCCUAUGAGUCCUAUCAGAAAGUGCUAUUAUAUGUAAGGGAACGCCACGAGUCUGUUUUCACUGCGCUGAUGUUGCGCAUCCCGACCCUGCACGGCCUGUUACAAGCGGUAGAAGAAAAAUACGGAAUCCCCACAGGCAACAUUAAAAUAACAUAUAAACGGUCCAAAAAAGGGAUCAUUGUCAAAAUGGAUGACAACAUCGUACGGCAUUAUUCUCACGAGUCCACGUUUAUCAUUGAAAUGAACAAAAUCACUGACAGUCAAGACUAUGAAAUCAUUUUGACUGAAAUUGAUGCAGUGCCCUCGUGUUAGGGGCGAGAUUGUUGUCUCUCUGAAUGACAGUGCUCCCUCCCGCAAUAACGGUGGUCUUCCCGGAAAUAGGUGGCGAUCCCUAUUGUGAGGAUGUAUAAAACUAGUCCAAACCAGUAAUUCAUUUUUGACGUUUUAUAUAUACAUGUGCGAUGACCAGUAUGUUCGUUCAUUACCUGCAUAAUAUCAUUUGCCUCAUCAGCUCGUUGCAACAUAUAUAUGCAAUAUUCUAUAUAUAACUGUAAUGGCAGAUAUUGAAGUGGUUUCCCUUUCAGGAAAAUCGUAUAGCCAUGACAGACCAAAACAUUCCAAGCGAUAUUGUUUGUUAACAAAUAUGAUAUUUUUUAUCUGUUACAAACAUGAGAUAUAAUUUUAUAGUGUUAUUUUGUUAUUGUUAUACUGACUGUUUUUUUUUUUUAUUUUUGUCUUUGGAAAGGAGAAAAUACGUUGUAUAUUGCAGUAAAUUAUACAAAAAAAUAAUUGUACAUAUUGCUGAUUAAUGUAUAGUUCUACAAGCAUUGUCUGAUGAUUCGUAAUGUCUAUUGUUUUGAUUUCUAUUGAAAUGAAAAUUAAAUCGUAGAGAAGUG